GCACACACGUGUCUUGGCCUGUACCUGUCAAAAGUGCAGUAUCUACCUGGGAAUUGGACCAGCUGAAGUAUUACACUAAUUUUAUCUCAUCUGUUGAUAGUGCUUUCGUAAACAAUAACACUUGUCGCCAAGUUAGAGGAUUACAAUGCCAAAGAUAGUGGAGUGCGUCCCAAAUUUUUCUGUGGGCAGAAAUAAAGAGAUAAUUGAAGCUAUAGCUGGAGCUAUAGCAGCUGUUGAAGGCUGUAAUCUGUUAGACGUAGAUCCCGGGGCCUCAACUAACCGUACAGUUUAUACAUUUGUCGGGUCACCUGAUGCUGUCAUUGAAGGGGCACUAUGUGCUGCAAGGGUGGCAUAUCAGACAAUAGAUAUGAGGAUGCAUCAGGGGGAGCAUCCAAGGAUGGGAGCAAUGGAUGUUUGUCCUUUCAUACCUGUACAGAAUGUUACAAUGGAUGACUGCAUCGUGUGUGCACGGGAGUUUGGAGAUAAACUUGCAGAAGAACUAGGAAUUCCAGUAUACUUAUAUGGUGCGGCGUCAACACAGGAACACAGAAAAACAUUGCCACAGAUACGUGCAGGGGAAUACGAAGCACUUCCAGAAAAGCUUACAAAAGAUGAAUGGAAGCCAGACUUUGGUCCAUCAGAUUUUGUUCCAUCCUGGGGGGCAACAGCUGUUGGUGCAAGAACGUUCCUUAUUGCUUACAACAUUAACUUGUUAAGUACGAAAGAACAGGCUCAUAGGAUAGCUCUUAAUAUACGUGAACAGGGUCGCUGCAAAGAGGAGCCAGGUAGACUGAAGGAAGUACAGGCAAUAGGCUGGUAUCUUGAGGAAGCCAACAUGGCCCAGGUGUCGGUAAACAUUACAGACUACGAGCAGACAGCAAUACAUACAGUCUAUGAGGAAGUCUGUAAAGAUGCUGAGGAGUUGAACAUAGCUGUGGUUGGUUCCCAGGUAGUUGGGCUGGUUCCUCUAGAUGCAAUAAUGGCAUGUGCACAACACUACAUGGAGAAACAUAACCUGUUUAUUCUAGAAGAGGAUCAGAAAUUAAGAUUAGUAAUCAAUAAGUUAGGCCUCAAUUCCUUAGGAGCAUUUAGUCCUAAAGAAAGAAUUAUAGAAUAUAUGAUAUCAGAUGAAAGAGAAGGUCCUUUAGCCAGUAUGGAUAUAAAAGACUUCAUUCUAACUGUAGGGUCAAGGUCACCUUCACCUGGUGGAGGAUCUGUAUCAGCUCUGGCAGCUUCAUUGGGAGCAGCUCUUGGUUCAAUGGUAGGGUUUCUUACCUAUGGAAACAAGAAGUUUUUUGAGCUGGACAGUCAAAUAAGAAAAUUGAUCCCACCACUUUACAAAGCUAUGAAAGAUCUUACCCCCUUCAUAGAUGCUGAUGCUCUUGCCUUCAGUGAAUAUAUGCUGGCCUUGAAGUUACCUGCAGAUUCAGAAGAGGAGCAGGCAAUGCGUAGUGCAGCAAUGCAGGAUGGUCUGUGUACAGCUAUACAAGUGCCACUCACUGUUUCAAGACUAACCAAUGGACUGUGGGACCCGCUGAAAGAACUUGCCAAGAUAGGCAAUAUCAACUGUAAAUCUGACUUACAGGUUGGUGUAAGAAUGUUGGAAACAGCUGUAUGGGGAGCAUACUAUAAUGUGAAAACCAACCUUGAUGACGUCAAAGAUGAAGAGUUCAAAAAGAAGGUUUCAGAAGAGAUUGAAGGUGCAAUUAAAAUUGCACAAGAAAACUGCGCCACUGUCUUGAAGACUUUGGAAGAGCGAAAAGCCUAAAUCUAGUCAUGUAUAGUUUACAUGUUGUGCUAAUAUUAUAUUCUAGAUGACUUCUCCACCGAAAUUUGUUAACUGUUCAAUGAUAAUCAUGGUCUUAGUGUUUGAUCAACUUACUUUGUACAGGUUUUUUUUCGUGAAUUGCACCUUUAUACUGCAAGAACCAGGUAUAGACUAUAUAUCAUUAUUAGGGUCGCAAAUGGUGGUAGUAGGAUCUUUUUUUUAUACUUUUUAGGUGUUUUAAUGUCAAUUUUAUGCCCCCAAAAGUAUUUUUCCCAUUAUAAAAAAAGACAGGCAAAAUUACAAUUUAAUUAGUUUUUGUAAUUUCACAAAAACUUUGCAUGGAUAUGUUGCUUUCCUGCUAAUUAAGAUAUCCUGAAAGUUGUGUAAUGGUCCAUACACAAACAACAUAGAAAUAGAAUUAUUUAAAGAAAAAAUUCAAAAAUGGCUCUAAAAAUUUAAAAAGGUCCUUUAACUAAGCCUUGAGUUCGAUAGAAAGAUGUAUAAUAUCAAUUGUAUUGUUUUACAUUAAAUUUUUUAAAAAGUCAGGGAAAAACCUUGUUAUCGAAAAGGUUGAUCAAACUGUAGACAUUUUUACAUUGAAAGUUUAAAUAAGAUCAAGAAGUAGAAAAGAGAAAUAGUUUACCUGGACCUAAGUGAAGAAAAACUGUCUGCUCAAAGCUGUAUUACUAGAAGUUCGAUUUUCCGAAAGUUCUAUGGUGUGUGUAGCUUGAAUUGUAUCAGAUGCAAAGAAUGAGUUCCUAUAUUUUAGUGUAAAAAUCUAAAGUAGUGGCUAUUACAAUGUAAGAAUAAGUAUUGUGUAGUUUCUAGAAUAUAUUAUAACAGCUGUGAUACUAUUGCAAUGUGAGAACAUGUGUUCAUGAUAUAUUAACAUCAAAACCUAUGUCACUGUGUAUUUCAUUGUCAAAUUGACAUAAAACCACUGCACCAUGUUUAUUAGUGGGUGUUAAAAAACUGCUGUGUGCACUUUUUGUAUUUGUUGAAUACACAAUAUGUGAAUGUCUUAAAAAAACAUUUCUACCACAUUUUAAUGUGACAUCUUACAAGUUUUACAAGUGACUUAAAAUAUUUUGACACUUUUUAAAAAUCUAUUUACUUCUAGUGUUGUAUACCAGUUUUGAAAAGUGACUUGUGAACUGUUAUAUAUUUUUAAUGGCCUAUUUUCUGUAGUGGACACAAGUAGAUACUGUUCGAUUUUCAGAUGUCCAAUUUUUGACACAACUGAUCUUGUAAGAAAUUAAUUAUUUUUAGAGUGAUAUAUACAGGAUAUUUGUUUGUUUCAGAGUAUUUAUAUUUAAGAUUAAAUAUCUUUCACCUCAUGAACAUCAGAUGAAGUAUUUUUCCCAAGUGGCCUAAUUAAAAUUGAAAAUAUAAGGUCAGGUAUUAACAAGUGAUAGAUAUAUUUAUAUUGCAUGUAAAUCAAACAAUUUUUCUUUUUAGCAUAUAUCUUUUACAGUAGUUUUAACCAAAUUUUACCCAUGUUUUUCUUUGUGAAACAUGUACAAGUAUUUCACUCUAGCAUUUCAAUAUUUCACUGAAAAACAUGUAAUACAAAAGCAUAAUUCACAUUUUUCAUUUAUGUUAGGUAAGAAAAACAGUGUCUUUAAAUUGUGUAAAAUGCAUAAUAGAUAAAAAAAACUGUCGACGAAAUAUUAAAAGUACACAAACCGACAUUAAAUUCCAAGUUUCCAGAAUAUUUUCAUGUGUUUGUUUUUCACUUAAGCUUGUUUUAUAGAGGCCUAGUUCACGCAUGUAGUGCGGGUAGUGAAGUGUGUUCUCUUUUACUGGCAUUUAAGUUGUUUUUGCAUUGCUUUAUUUUUACUGUCAGAAUGUUAUUUUUAACUUUUGUGUGUUGGUUUCUAAUUGUUUUAAUAAUUGUGAUUUUUUUUAAAGGUUUGUUGGUACCUAUUAAUACUGUUAUUAAUUUUCAAUAUUAUAUGUUUUUCGGAAGACACAAAAAGGUACAUAUGUAUCAAUAGCGCAACAUGUUACUGUAGUUUAAGGAAUGUGUGUAUUGGCAUAUACCAUCAUCAUAAGGGUUAAGGUAAAUUGUCUGUCAUUUGAAUUGGAAUGCUCUUUAAAACAUGGAUCUCAUUUAUAAAUGGAAAUCCAUUACAUUGUACACAAAAGUAUCAUUAUUUCAAGUUCAGUUUUAGAUAUUAAGGUAACAGGGUUAAUUUACUGUUAUGUAGAAGUGUUUUAAAUAUAAUUAUAACCAGUUAUACCCAUUCCCACCUAUUGUUUUAAUAUAUGUGAUUGAGCCGAGUCACAAUAAAAGGCACCUUAUUGUAAAAUGAUGUUAAAUGCUGUGUCUUCUAAUAUAGAUUAUACAUAUAUAUGGUUGUAGGGUUUAUUAAAGUUUCCAUUUAGCAUACUUAAGUCAAUGUCGAAAUCAUGUAAUUUAGGUUCAUACCUAAUAAAAAGUUGGUAGCUUGUUCAUGUGGCAUGGCUCACCAUUGGGUAUCAUUACUUGUUGAAUGGCUCACCAUUUGGAAUGGCUCACUAUUGGGUAACAUUUUAUGUGGAAUGGCUUAUUGGGUAACAUUUCAUAUGAUGUGGCUCCCCAUUGGGUAGCAUUCCAUGUGAUGUUCUCCCCAUUGGGUAGCAUUCCAUGUGAUGUUCUCCCCAUUGGGUAGCAUUUUAUGUGAUGUGAUUCAAUAUUGGGUAGCAUUUCAUGUGAUGUGGCUCCCCAUUUGGUAACAUUUCAUGUAAUGUGGCUCACUAUUGGGUAGCAUUUUGUGUGAUGUUACUUAAUUAUUUGAUUGCCUUUCAUGUGAUGUGGCUCACUAUUGGGUAGCAUUUUGUGUGAUGUUACUUAAUUAUUUGAUUGCCUUUCAUGUGAUGUGGCUCAGUAUUGGGUAGCAUUUCAUGUGAUGUGGCUCCCCAUUUGGUAACAUUUCAUGUGAUGUGGCUCACUAUUGGGUAAGAUUUCAUAUGAUAACAGCUGGGUAGCCAUUCAUGUGAUGUGGCUCAUUAUUAAUUUUACAGGAUCUUAAUUAUGUAGACACAAUAUACAGUAUUAUCACUAUAUGAGAUUAUUUAUUGCACAAACCUUUGUAUAGGUUAUAUCUUGAUAAAGACAACAUAUUAUGUCUUCAGUUUGAAAGGCAGCCAAAAUUGACAAGUUUCAAGUAUUUACUACCGUCUAGAGAUGUUCAGGAAGUGGUUAGGCAUUUUACUAGUAAGAAAUGUUAAGCUAGGAGUUUUAGGGCAAUGUCAGUUCAUUCCUCAGGCAACAGAUAAGGCACAAUAGGUUUUCACAAGACAUAGGUCAGUUGUCUCCCUUCUUAAUAUUGGGAAGAUUUUCAUUUUAUUGAAGGGAACUGUGCCUUUACUAGUUGGGAGUCUUUGAACAUGAACACUAGUCAACUAACCAUUUUUCUAGGGUUGGCAUACAUUGUAGAAGUAAAACACAGUCUGAAUUUAAUUGUUAUUUUUUUUGGUGUUUUACAACCAUUUGUGUAUGCCAUUAUGUAAAACAUGAUUAUUUAAUUAAUACAUGUAAUAUAAAAAUAUUGAUAGUUCAACUGGGCAUUUGUCUCUUGCCUUGAAUUUUACAAAACCUAAUACCGGUAAAAACACAAUAUUUAAAAAAAAACAGGUGUAGUUUCAGUAUUUGAUGCUUAAAGCAAGUAACUGUUGUUAUAAUUUCAUUUUCCAGACAUAAUGUCUCUCAGUUGUGUAGAUGGCUAACAUUCAGAGUAAAUUUGCAAAUGCAAGUAAUUAGGGACAGUGUUUGUGUGUUCAAAAUUUAAAAAAACUAAAAGUGUCUCUCAUAAAGAGAAGAGGCUUGACCUUUCAUUGAAUAUCAUUUUCAGGAAUGCUACUGGUUGUUACAUUCUGUCUGGUUAUUGAAUACCAUUUUCAGGAAUGUCACAUGAUGUGACAUUCUGUCUGGUUAUUGAAUAUCAUUUUCAGGAAUGUUACAGGUUGUGACAUUCUGUCUGGUUAUUGAAUACCAUUUUCAGGAAUGUCACAUGAUGUGACAUUCUGUCUGGUUAUUGAAUAUCAUUUUCAGGAAUGUUACAGGUUGUGACAUUCUAUGUGAAAAAUUACUUAGUUUUUGUUAAAGUAUAUAAUUAUUUUUGUAAUAAUAAAGCUGUUACACCCCAUUGUUGUGCAAAUAAGUUAGCAAUAAUAAUGAAAAUAAAUCAUGUCAAAUUUGAUGCCGUCCAAUGAUUUGUAUUAUGAUUACUUGUUAGUUGAUUGAAAAUUGAUUCUUCAUGUUUAUUCUGUGUUUAUGCAUUUUUUAAUUUUAUAUAUUUUUGCCAUUUAUAAUUGUACAUGCAUGUAAUACAUAUAUAAUUUUCAUAUAUCUAAACUGUAAACCUUUUGUAUAUUUUAUAUGUAACUUAUGUAUUUUUUCAGUAUUUUUAAAUUCAGAUAUAAUAGGCCUAUAAACCAAAUUACCUUUAAAAAUCUAAUCAUUUUGAUAUUUUUAAGUAAUAAAACUGAAAAUGCAGUUAACCUCUAACCUGCUGGUGGCAAGUGAAUCUGCCUUUGCAACCAGUGCAGACCAAGAUCAGCCUGCACAUCCGUACAGUCUGAUCAUGGUCUGCACUGUUCGCUAUUCAGACAGUAAAUUUUCAGUGAACACCCCUUUGAAUAACAAGUGGUACUGCCUAAAUUGAAUGAUGGAUCAGUCCAUUUUAGAAAUUUAGCAGGGUAAGGGUUAAACACUUCUCGGUCUUGCAUCGAUGGCUAAAGAAUGUUUACUUACGGAUGCAGUUUAUAUGAACCCCAGUCAUUUACCUUGUUUGGAUAACCUGAACCUCGGGAUAACUCUAUCAGUGUGCUCAUCUGCUUACCACCUUGAGCAAUCUGUGUUGUACUAUAACACAGCUUCUUCCAACAGCAAUAGAUAGUAUUAAAUUUUCUUCUCUGCUCUUUUGUCUUUUUGAAAUUUUUCUCCAUCUUUGUUUGAAAUACUCUGUCAUGGACAAUUGUCUAUUUUCGACCCUUGGACUUAUUCAGAGAUUUUUUAAAUUGAAAUUGUUACAUAAACAUUUAAAUUAUUGUGAUUUCUUCAUGGGAUAGAAACUUACUGACAAAUCAUCACCUCAGCACUAGAACAGGUUAACAGUAUGGACAUGAUAGAAGCAGUUUGACACUAACCACAUUGAGGUGAUUAAAAUUGUUUUCUGCAAAAGGCCUAUCCAUGCCUAUGCCUCUGUAGCAGAAUAUACAUAAAUUUUAUUGUCAAAAUGUGUGCAUAUGUUAAUAUAUUUACUCUCCAUCUGUGAAUAAGGAAACUUGUGGAAUCAUAUAUGAAUGGUCUGUGGGAAACCAUUUCCUACUUUUAUUGUGAUAAAUACUUUAAGCAUUCCAAUUUUUUCAUUUUCUCCAACAUUUAAGACAAAAUUCCUCGGAACAAAGUUCCACCUGUCUGUUUUGACUAAGGCAGACAAAAUCUCCCCUUUGAGUUCAGUAUUACAAAUGUAUUUCAAAAAAGUAAAAAUAAAAUAAGAAAGAAUUCAUUAAUAUCAGGUUGAUCAUUUACUUAUUUUACUCUUUAAGAAUUUCAGAUUUAGGAUUUGCUUGGAAGAAUCAGUUUUGAUCAGAAAGGUAGGUGGGGGAGGAUGGGGGGUCAUAUUCUAAACAUAUAUGGACCAGGUUUUUGUCUUUAUUCCUUUUCCCCUUGAUAUUUUUAUGAUUCAGAAGUGUUCUUGGUUGAUGAAUUUGUGAUAACAAAUAUAAAAUCAAGGUAAAUUUUAGCUGAUUUUUAUGGAAAUCAAGAAAUAAGAAUUGAGUGAUGCACUUCCUCUGGCACUGUUGUUUUUGUACAUUUGAGCCACCAGCAUAGUGCAUUUGUGACCAACAUGGAUCCAGAGCCGCCUUGCGCAUCCGUGCAGUCUGGUCAGGAUCCAUGCUAUUCACUUUCAAAGCCUAUUGCAAUUAGAGCAACCGUUAGCGAACAGCAUGGAUUCUGAUCAGACUGUGCGGAUGUGCAGGCUGGUCUGGAUCCAUGCUGGUCGCAAAUGUCUCAUGGUGUGGCUCAUUUUACAUUUUGCUCCUCAUUCAGAUAUAGGUGACACAGAAGCCCUGUAAGAAUUCAAAUGAAAGCACUAUGAUGAGUUUGAUAAGUAACAUUUUGAGCUUUGAUAAGUUAAAUUUUGAGCUUUGAUAUUUUUGAGCUUUGUUAAAUUCUAUUUUUAGCUUUGAUAAGUAACACUGAGCUUUGUCACAGUGUUAUUUGUGAUUUUUAUUUGAGUUGACAAGAGCAAACUGUUUUAAUGCUGUUUUGCAUGUUAUUUAAGCUUAAAAUUAGAGCAAAGUUUUAAAAAUUGACGUAUGGUGACGGUAAUGUUAAUUGUUUUAUGUAUUUUUUUAGCCUGUCUGAUUUUUUUUUUAAAAAUCUACACUGUAUUGUCGUCACUUGAUAGUUGGCGUCGGUGUCAGUUUAAAUUUGUGUUUAGGUCACUUUUUCUCAAAAAAAUUAUUAAAAGAGCUACAGCUUUGAAACUUUGCAAGCUUGUUUAUCAUCAUUAUAGGACUAUAACCAUAACUCUAAUCUGCAUUUUGUCAGAAUUAUGGCCAUUUUUGUACUUAGAAAAUCUGAACUAUAACUCUUUUCGUACAUAUUGUCCAGCACUUGCAGACGAGCAAUGGCAUCCUAGGCAGUGCUCUUGUUUUAUUUUCUGCUGAGUCAUGGUACUUUUGUUUUAGUAAACAGAAAACAAGAAUUAUUUAAGUUGAUAUGUUACCUACUGUUUCUUUUAUGAAUAUUUUGAUUGCAAGGGAGACAUUUUUUGCAUCAUAAUAGAAGUAAAUAUUUUAUUUUACCAAAAAUUGCUCAGAAUAUGAUAAGUGUUCAGAUUGUUGUAGCCCCUGAAUGGAGGGCACCCCUUCAGCAUAAUAAUUAUUUAUAUUCACAGCCAAUUGUUUAAUGUAUAAAACUUACAUUUUUUCCCAUUUACCAAUAUUAUAGGUAUAAUAUGGGGAUUCUUUUGCUAUUCUUUGACUCAGUAAUUGUUGCAAAAUUCGUACAAGGUUGUUAUGGUCAAAACUUAUAUUAAGUGGAAAAAGCUGAAAAGUUAUAAGCCAGAUCAUUUUCACCAUUUAGACUAUUUUCACCAUUUAGUAUUAAAGUUGAUUGGUACUUAAAAAGAGAUUUAAAUCCUUGAUAUUUCACCAGAUUUUCAAAGCUGAGGAAAACGAGUUUCAUUUAAAAAAAUCAGGCAGAAAACAGUCUUUUGUUGACUCCUGUAACUGUGUUUGGAUGGGCUUUUACUUGGUUUUCAGCUUGCUUUUUUAUAACCAUUAAAAUUUCUUUCUAGAUUGCUACACUGAAUAUUUAUUUUUCUGUGACAGUGGUUGAGAAUUUUGUUAUACUUUAACUAUUUAUAUGAAAUCUAAAAGAAAUCAAUCAGCAUAUUAGUGUCAGUUUUAUUUCAAAGAAAACGCUUUGUAGUUUAUUUUGUUAUUUGAAUAUUUUAAGAAUCGGGGUCAAUUUGGAAACCGAAAGAAAUUUGGCCUAUUAUUUCAAAGGAAAUGCUUUGCUUGAUUUGAUGUGGCUUACUUAACUUAGUUCUGUAAAAGUUUAAGUAACUCUGCUGUAGUUUCUGUCUUUCCGAAAAAAUUGGAAAUGUGAUUUAAUCAUUUUCAAAAUAAAUAUUUAUUGCGUA